CUUUCUCCUUUUAAUUUGUUCAUAUGUUUAAUGUUUCCCUCAUUUCAGAUCUAGUCUAUAAAUAUUCCAUAAAUGUACUGCAUUGCGAUUCUUCUUCAUUGUUUAUGUAAUUACAAGUACCUAAUUUCUUCAUCUGAUUUUACCUGCCCAUUAUUAAUGAAGAGGGCUGACAAUUUAUAGGGAAAAUACUAGAAAAGAAAAAAUGGGAUAUAUAGGAGCACAUGGAAUAGCGGCGUUGCACAGAUAUAAAUACAGUGGAAUUGACAACUCUUAUCUUGCCAAAUAUGUAUUGCAACCUUUUUGGAGUCGUUUCGUCAAAAUCUUCCCUCUAUGGAUGCCACCAAACAUGAUUACACUUACUGGAUUCAUGUUCUUACUCACGUCUGCACUGCUUGGAUAUAUAUAUUCGCCUCAUUUGGAUUCAGCUCCACCAAGAUGGGUUAAUUUUGCACAUGGCUUACUUCUAUUUUUGUAUCAGACUUUUGAUGCUGUCGAUGGGAAGCAAGCACGACGAACAAAUUCAUCAAGUCCAUUGGGCGAGCUUUUUGAUCAUGGUUGUGAUGCACUUGCAUGUGCGUUUGAGGCCAUGGCUUUUGGAAGCACUGCCAUGUGUGGAAGAUAUACUUUCUGGUUCUGGGUAAUUUCAGCUGUUCCAUUUUAUCUAGCAACAUGGGAACACUAUUUUACCAAUACCCUUAUUCUUCCUGUGGUCAACGGACCUACAGAGGGUCUUAUGCUGAUUUAUGUAGCCCACUUUUUUACAGCCUUAGUUGGCGCUGAAUGGUGGGCUCAGCAUUUUGGGAAAUCUAUCCCCUUCUUCAGUUUGGUGCCACUGAUUAAUGGUAUCUCAACUUACAAAGCUGUGCUAUAUUUGAUGAUAGUCUUUGCUGUUAUACCUACAGUUUACUCCAAUGUGGCAAAUGUCUACAAGGUCGUUCAUGCACGAAAAGGAAGCAUGUUACUGGCUUUGGCAAUGCUUUACCCUUUUGUUGUACUUAUGGGAGGAGUGCUUGCAUGGGAUUAUUUGUCUCCAUCUGAUAUUUUGAGGAACUAUCCACAUUUGGUUGUUUUGGGAACUGGGCUUGCGUUUGGAUUCCUUGUGGGAAGGAUGAUUCUGGCUCAUUUGUGUGAUGAACCCAAGGGAUUGAAAACUAAUAUGUGCAUGUCACUAUUGUAUCUUCCCUUUGCAAUUGCAAAUGCACUUACUGCGAGACUAAAUGAUGGAGUUCCAUUAGUUGAUGAGUUUUGGGUUUUGCUUGGGUACUGUGUAUUUACAGUGGCCCUCUAUCUCCACUUUGCCACAUCUGUUAUUCAUGAAAUCACAACUGCUUUGGGAAUAUAUUGUUUCAGGAUAACCAGGAAAGAAGCUUGAAAGUUUCUUGAUGCUUGUGUUUGGCCGGCAAGAUAAGAGCAAUGCAACACAACCUGAAUUUGGCAUAUCAUUUUUUAUUUGGUGUUUGGUAAUAGAUUCUUGGAUCGGAUCCAUUGUUUUGGGUCUCUACACGCUGUUCUAGAUUAGAUAUUAAGUGUCAGUAGGUAAUUUUGAAAACACCAUUGAUGUUUCCAUAUUCUGUAAUUUGUUGGGACAUCUGGCAAUUUGAGAAGUAUUUUCAAA